AUGAUUUGCGAGUUUCCGGAUAGAGUUUUGAAACUAGUGCCCGAAGGGUCGGGCCAUGCGGACGUCGAGCGGCUUAUACGCGACGUCACCGGUGACGACUCGGCAGUCAAAAUAACCAGCAUUAAGGGUGGAAUCACGAACCAGCUGCUCAUGGCGCAGCAGGGGUCUAAUAAAAUGCUCGUUCGAGCCUUCGGCAAGGGCACUUCCACGUUCAUUGACCGAAACCGCGAGUUUGCUGUCCACCGCCAGCUCACUACUUUGAACCUCGCUCCCAAACUCUACUGCCGGUUUGGAAACGGACUUGUCUAUGGGUUUGUAGAGGGCAGAGCCACCGUAUACCCAGAGCUUUCUCACCCAGAUAUUAUUAGUAGUGUGUCAAGCCGGUUGGCACAAUGGCAUGCUCUCUUGAAAAUCGAAGAUGUAAAGAAGCUACUUUCUCCCCAGCCGCUUGGCGAUUUGUGGAGUCUACUAGAGGACUGGAUCAAGCAGUGUCCAAGUGGUGUUUUGGAAAUGUCCAAAGCAGAAAUGGCAGAGGAGCUGGAGUGGUUCAGAAGCAAGUACAAGAGCAGCAACGAAGGAGAGGUAAUGGGACACUGUGAUCUUCUAGCUUCAAACAUUUUGGUGCCAAAUGCAUGGGACUCAUCCAGUGAGAUUUGUACAAUCAAUAGGAACGACCCCUCAAAGUCUAUGGCAACGUUCAUCGACUACGAGUACGCCAUGCCUUGUCCACGCUCUUUCGAUAUUGCCAACCAUUUCCAGGAAUGGCAGGGCUAUGAUUGUGACCGCUCCUUGGUGCCCAACCCAUUGUGCGACGAUAAGAACCUGAACGAUUGGGUUGAUCACUACAUCAAAGCAAUUAAGCACUUCACAGGUACCGUGAUCGGCACAGUCGACCAAAUGAUAGCCGAGCUUGCUGUUUGGUGGGGAAUGCCGGGAUUCUACUGGGGCAUCUGGUCGGCAAUCCAGUCAACGAACUCGGAAAUAGACUUUGACUAUGUCAACUAUGCCCGGACAAGAUUCGAAGAGUAUCAAAUCUGGAAAAAAACUAUUUAUCCUAACUUGCGUUAA